AUGUCGUCGCGAUCCAAACCCGAGGCAUUUCCCGACCUUCCGCAACAGGCAUUUGCCGCGGUACCCAGCUCAAACAACACGAACGGGAGCACGCGACGGCCCAGAAAGAGCUCCAACCUGGGAGCAGAUCCACGCGGAGACACUGGCGGCAACUCGAUAGCAACGUCCCUGCAGAGCCAGCAGUCUGUACCAACCAAAUACACACGGGGAGGAGGAAAGCGCAAGAAAGCAAAGAGCUUGUUCAACAGAUGGAAGCGCAUGUCUUUGAAGCACACCUGGGUCAACCCUCUGGUUCUGGUGCUCAUCAUCCUCGGCGCCUACUUUGUCAGUCCAGGCGAACAUAACCCUCUCCACCAUGCCAUCUUCCUCUCCUACGCGAACCCUCCACUGCACGAACGGACGAACCCGCUCCCCGCAGAGAUCGGAAACGUCACGCAGUAUGGCAAGGGCAAGCUGGACUUUGCGUUUGUCGCCUUCUACACGGUUGUCCUGUCCUUCACGCGCGAGUUCCUGAUGCAGCGAAUGAUCCGACCCAUCGCGCUUUGGUAUGGGAUCAGGGCCAGGGGAAAGCAGAGCCGCUUCAUGGAACAGUUCUACACCGCAAUCUACUUUGGCAUAUUUGGGCCGUUUGGACUGUAUGUCAUGAGUAGGACGCCCGUGUGGUACUUCAAUACUGCGGGCAUGUACGAGGGAUUCCCGCACAGGUCGCACGAGGCUGUCUUCAAGGCGUACUACCUCCUUCAGGCUUCGUACUGGGCACAGCAAGGUAUUGUGCUGAUGUUGCAGCUGGAGAAGCCACGAAAGGACUUCAAGGAGCUUGUGCUGCACCACAUCAUCACUCUGUCGUUGAUUGGGUUGAGCUACCGUUUCCACUUUACGUACAUGGGCAUUGCUGUGUACAUCACGCACGACAUCUCGGACUUCUUUUUGGCGACAUCGAAAAUCCUCAACUACAUCGACUCGUCUAUUACAGCUCCCUACUUCACCAUGUUCAUGGUUAUCUGGGCUUACUUGCGACACUACUUGAACCUCCGGAUCCUCAAGUCGCUCCUACCAGGAGGUGAGUUCAAGACGAUCGGUCCUUACGAGCUCAACUGGGAUACACAACAAUACAAGUGCUGGAUCUCGCAAGUCAUCACAUUUCCUCUGCUUGCGGCGCUGCAGGCAGUGAACAUUUUCUGGUUCAUCCUGAUCCUCAGAAUUCUGUGGCGAGUGCUUUCGACCGGCGAAGAGAAGGAUGAGCGAAGUGAUAAUGAGGAGGAGGAAGAUGAGAUUGAUGAAGGAAAGAGCUACGCAGACGCUGUGAAGGAGAAUGGCGAGACAACGAAGCCGCAGGUCAUGCUGAAUGGGAAGCCAAUGAGCUCGGCUGGUGUGGAGACGAGAGCUGCCGCAAAGAGGCGGUCAUGA